UUUUUUUUUUUUUUUAACGUCUGGUUGUGUGAGUCUCUGUGUUUGUAUUCUUGUUCUACAUGGGGUUUUAAAAUUCCAGAGUGCCGCCUUGACAAAGGUGUUUUAUAUUUUUUUUCCCUUCAAAAAUCUGUGAAAACAUAAGUUAGUGUUUAAAAGGAAGUCCCCCAAAUUCCCCUCCCUGUCUUUUUGGUUUUUUGGGGGUAUGGAUUGGAGGUAGGAAAAUAACUGGACUCCUCGUGAGUUGGACCCCCGCCCCGCCAUGGGGGUGAGGCAGUGUAGGAAAGGAUUUGUUGUUAUUCCAAACCUUUCUAAGUCAAAGUGCCAUUCACACUUUUUCCUAACUCUAAAAUGGCUUCAAAAUUCCCAUUUUGGUAACUUGCUUUGCUUGCCUGCUACCCUUUUUUGGGACAGGUUAGUUUCUUGGAAUUGCAUUUGAAGGCUUACUCCUGUGCAGUUGUAGACUUCACACUGAAAUCAUUGCUCAUCCCAAGCAUGUUUUUGUACCAACCGUUUGGAUAACUGCCCAGUCUCCAGCUCUGUGAGAUUUAUUUUAAAUGAGCAAUGUGCUUCACAGGGGAUCCAAAAACUCUCUAAAUGGGAAUUAUGUUCUUAGUCAUAACUUUUAUAGGGAAAACUGGCCCUAAAGCUUGGCGUGGCUAAUUCUAUGCCCAAUGAAGUUAUCACCAUGGAGAUUUGUAAACCUUGGGAGCACAUGUAGUUUUUGCUUUUGCCUCGAAGACUUCGGAAAUUGAGAGUGGCACCAAGUACCAUAAAUGCUAGUGAUUGAGUGUGGUUUAAUUUAUUGUUUCAGUUCUGCAGUGAAAUGGUAAUGAGCAAUAGCAUAUUUUGUCAGUGAGGUGUGUGUACUAGUUUGUUGGGCAGGAUAUUUGCUUUCUAGGAAAUAGCACUGCAUUAAAACAUCAGAGGAACUUUCCAAGUGCUCACUUGAAGAGAAUGAACCGUGCUGUGUUUAACAGCCAUUCUAGUUCUCAAGUUGUGCUCUUCAGUGAGGCCUCCUAUUAAUUUUGGAUUGUGUUGUAUAUUUCUGGCUCAUAGUAAAAACUUUUUUUUUUUCUUCUAAAAUUAGAUUUAGCACCAUGAAGAAUUUUAUCAAAUGCAUUUGCAUCAGUGUCUUUUUCUGCAAAAUCUCUAUUAGGCAUUUUGUUUUUCUAUGUGAGAUAGCAAAAGGUUUUCCAGAAAAGUUGCCCUAGCUAGGAACUCUUAAUUUAGAAGCCACAGUGCAUCCAAGUUAACAGAUGAAGUGACGAGAAGUGCUGUUCUCAUAAUGCUGUGUGCUACAAGAACCUUUGGGACUUAUUGUUCAAGAUGGCACUGUGUCAAGGAAGCCCGCUGGCCCGCAGUUCUUUCUGCAGAGGCAGUCUUCCUGCUGCCCCACAUAGCUGUAAUUUUAACAACACUCCAGACAUCAGAUCGUCUUCCAGAGGAUGUCUGUGAUGGUGGGUCUGUAAAGAAACCAGCAGACUAGGAGAGGGAGGGGAAGAAGCUAACCUGUGAGGUGUGUGUGCCCAAGAACCAUGUCUGUACGGGAGUCCUUCAACCCAGAAAGUUACGAACUGGACAAGAGUUUCCGGCUAACCAAAUUCACUGAACUGAAGGGCACAGGCUGCAAAGUGCCCCAAGAUGUCUUACAGAAAUUGCUGGAAUCCUUACAAGAGAACCACUUCCAAGAAGAUGAGCAGUUUCUGGGAGCAGUUAUGCCAAGGCUGGGGAUUGGAAUGGAUACCUGUGUCAUUCCUUUGAGGCAUGGUGGUCUUUCCUUGGUUCAGACCACAGAUUACAUUUACCCUAUUGUAGAUGACCCUUACAUGAUGGGCAGGAUAGCAUGUGCCAAUGUCCUCAGUGACCUCUACGCAAUGGGAGUCACAGAAUGUGACAACAUGCUGAUGCUCCUUGGAAUUAGCAAUAAAAUGACUGACAGGGAAAGGGAUAAAGUGAUGCCCCUAAUUAUACAGGGUUUUAAAGAUGCGGCAGAGGAAGCUGGGACGUCUGUAACAGGUGGCCAAACAGUAUUAAACCCCUGGAUUGUUUUGGGAGGAGUCGCUACAACUGUCUGCCAGCCCAACGAAUUUAUCAUGCCAGAUAAUGCAGUGCCUGGAGAUGUGCUUGUAUUGACGAAACCGCUGGGUACGCAGGUGGCAGUAGCUGUGCACCAGUGGCUGGAUAUCCCUGAAAAAUGGAAUAAAAUUAAACUAGUGGUUACCCAGGAAGACGUAGAGUUGGCAUACCAAGAAGCAAUGAUGAAUAUGGCAAGGCUCAACAGAACAGCUGCAGGACUCAUGCACACGUUCAAUGCCCAUGCAGCCACCGACAUCACAGGCUUUGGAAUUUUGGGCCAUGCACAGAACCUGGCCAAGCAACAGAGGAAUGAAGUGUCAUUUGUGAUUCACAACCUCCCUGUACUGGCCAAGAUGGCAGCUGUGAGCAAGGCCUGUGGAAACAUGUUUGGCCUCAUGCAUGGGACCUGCCCGGAGACAUCAGGAGGCCUUCUAAUCUGUUUGCCGCGGGAGCAAGCAGCUCGGUUCUGUGCAGAGAUUAAGUCUCCCAAAUAUGGAGAAGGUCACCAAGCAUGGAUUAUUGGGAUUGUAGAGAAGGGCAACCGUACCGCCAGAAUCAUAGACAAACCCCGGAUCAUCGAAGUCGCACCGCAAGUGGCCACUCAAAAUGUAAAUCCCACACCUGGUGCCACCUCUUAAUCCAGACAGAAAUUGCUAUUUGGUUUUGUUUUUAAAUAGAUCUGUUCCUUUAUCAUCACUUCAAUUAAAGACUGUAAACAAAAAUCUCAUUGUGUCUACACAUCUGGUGACCUUAGGUCGAUUUGUGAGUGGAUGCAAUUAAUAAAAUCCAUUGCCUUUUUUUUCCUGUUACAUUAACUGAAGAUGCACCUAAUCUUGAGGCAGCUUCUGAGUUGAGAAUUAUAUUGUUAUCCAAUACUGUUGAUUCAUUUUGAAUCUUUAGACACUUAUCUCUUGCCGCAUAGGCUCUUUUUAAAGGUGCUUUCACAUAGCACAGACAUAUUAGUGUCAACUAGCAAUUUGUGUCUUUUCAUUUUAUGUAUAUUUAUCAUAAGUCUGACCUUUUUUAAAAAUGUCUUGAAUAGUAUUCUGGAAAGACAAAAUUGAUAAGUGACACAAUGGUAUCACAAUGGUAUCCCAGUGGUAAGAGGGUUGCAUGAUUCGUUUGAGUCUUUGAUUUGUAAAGCCUAGACUUAAUCAUUCAAGAGCAUCUCUUUGACCCAGGACAUUACCCAAUAGUGUAUUCAGUUCAGGCAAGUGCUUUACUCUGCAUGGAAAGCACUUUGAAGACAAAAAAGAAAUUUUAUUUUAUUUUGUUUCUUUUUUUGUAGCCUUCCUGCUACAGUAAUAUCAAUAACUGUUUAUUGAUAAAGCAAAAAAGGAUACUUUUUGCAAUGUAAUUAGAUGUUCUAUAGUGCAGCAAAGAGUUGUCUUCCGAAAGGGGGUUCAUGUAUAAUAUUCAUUUACAAUUCAAUAUAUAAUUAACUACGCAAAUAAUUUUUAAAUAUAAUCAAUAAUAAAGACUGUUCUGUGGAUGGUAGUGUUUAAUACAUUUUAUAUUUUGUAUAGUGAUUUCAGGCCUUUUGUUUUUCUUAAAAUCAGCAGCUAUUUAGUCUAAUUCUUAGCAUUAUUUUGUCCUUUGCACCAGUACUUUUUUGUGCACGCUUUUUGUGAUUCUGUGUUAAAAAUCUGCAUUGCCAGCAUUGCAGCUCAAACUUAAACUUGUUAUUCAAAUAAAUAUUUAAUUUUUUUAUUGCUCUUGUAUAAUCAGAUGCCCCUUUUAGUAUUAUUUUAGAAGCGUUGGGAGGAUUUUGCCUAAAGUACAAUUUAUUGGGGAAAACUAGAUUUUAGUUUUAUAAAACUUUUAAGCCUUUCACGGGACCUAUAUUUUCUUGAAUUAAAUUUUGUAGUUCUAGAACAAAUAGGCAAUCGAAGAAGGUGUUUAUCUGUGUUACUUAGAAACAGAGGUUUCCUUAUAUUUUCACCUACUAAACAGGAGGGAUUCCUGUCGUUAAGCACACGCACACUGAAUCCUCAAGUGUCUGUUUUCAUAAGAGAAAAAGCGCCACGUUUCUCCAAGUUCCUGAAUGCUUCCUGCUUACAGGCACCAAAGCCAUGUAAACUGAUCAACCUUUUGCCAAAGGAAACCACCACUUGAAAGCUGAAGCUCCGUGGAAGAGGCUUUAACUCAGAUGCGCUCUCCUUCAGGAACGAACCCAGCAGCCUUUAUGCAUGUGUAACUGGAACUCAAGCCAUAAGUAUGGUGUACAGUGCAGUACAUAAGAGGCUGCUACAGAACUGAAAUUGGACAUUUUAUAUGAAUUUAUACAGAUGUUGGUCCUCAAAAGUUACAAACCAGUGGUCUGCAAAAUAAAAUAUGUUGGAAACCUCUGAGUAAGAUAAAAACACUGUUGAGCUUUUUUUAAAAUACAUCCAAAAGGUUCUAGUAAUCACUAAAUCUGAACUACUUUCAAUGUAGGUCAUGUCCUGAUUGCUGAUGUUUUCCUUGGUGGCAGGCCUACUGAGAGGAAGGGAGCCACAAGGGUUAUGCACUUGAAUUCAUCUAUGGGAAGACUAGUAUUUGUAAAGAGGAAAUGUUGGGUACUUAGUAGUUGUUAGUUGCCAUCAAGUUGAUUUCUAAUUCAUAACAACCCCUUGUGUGCAGAGUAGAACUGCUCUAUAGGGUUUUUAAGGCUGUGAUCUUUCAGAGUAGAUCUUCACGUCUGUCCUCUGAGGCUCUUCUGGGUGAGUUCGAACCACGAACCUUUUGUGGUAGGCCAAUGCUUAACCGUUGACGCCAACCAGGGCCCCAGAGGUCCAUGUAAUUCAUGGCCCCAGGAGGAAGAACUUUAAAGCCAUAUUUCUCAAAGAGUGGUCCGUAUUCACCUGCUUUAGAAUCACAAAACGCAGAUUCCAGGCCCCACCCUCGACCUGCAGCAUCAAUUUCUGGAGUAUAGGACCAGGGAAUCUGUCUUAAAUAAGCCCUCUUCUGUGGUUAUGUCCACUGAAACUUGAGAAGCACUGGUCUAAAGGAGUGUUGCAGAGGGCUGGGAG